UCAGUUACUCAAUCGGACAAUAUGGCGGCCACAACAAGUCUGGGGACAUUGGUCAGUGCCAUCUUGAUUCUCACGUGUGGACUAAACGUGCAGGCACUCAUAAUGUCGACAGUGCCCUGUCCCAACAUCGCCACCAACUGCGUCACCGACACUUUCAACGCCGUCAUGCCCAACCUGGGGUGUCUGGGGUGUCAGGGCGGGUGUGUGGACGGCUAUAUGAUGACCACCAACCCCCGACAUCGCCGCGACACCAACGACACCGGCGGCCACUACACGUACAGGACCGUCCCCAUCCGCAACACCGUCGACGUGAUGGAGCCCCAGUGGAUCUGUGUGAAGGGCGACCAUUGCCUGACUGGCUUCUUCCACACUCAGAUGGGCCCGCAGUCGUUGUGA